UGGCUGUUGAAUUAGUCGUCAAAAUAGUACCUGUUUUGUUUUGGUUUUUUUUAAACGAAAAAUUUGAAAUUUUCAUUUCCAAUCACCUUUUCCCCGAAAAAAAAGAAAUAAGAAAUGUCAACCAAAAAAGAACAAUCUUUACGUUCAAGGUUUGAUUAUAAUCGUAAUAAAUCAAAUGAAUUAUUAGUAACAAAACGUAAAGAAUUGGAACGUUUUAUGAAUGUUAAUAAUGAUCAAAAACAUCAUGAUGAUGAUGAUAAAAAUGAUAAUGAAAAUUAUUGUCAACAAUGUUUUCGUUUCAUUCGUCAUUUAAUGACCAUUUUGAUUGUUUUAAUGGCUAUAAUGUAUACAUGGUUUACACAUUAUCCUGAACCGGUAAUAUCACCAUUUUUACAUAGCUGGCAAGAGAUGGGUAAAACAUUUGAAUAUCGAUCACAAUAUGAUAUUUUUUUCAUUGACAAAAUGACCAAUAAAACUGAUGGUCCAAUAUUAUUAUACCUGCAUGGAUUUCCAACAUCCAAUUUGGAUAUGUAUAAAAUUUUACCCGAAUUAUCACGUCAUUUUAGUCGAAUAAUUGCACCGGAUUUUAUUGGAUUUGGUUUCAGUAGUAAACCUAAAUCUUAUCAAUAUUCAAUCAAAGAUCAAGCUGAUUUAACAAUAUCAUUAUUAAAUCAUUUGAAAAUUAUUGAUAAUAUUCAUAUAUUAUCACAUGAUUAUGGUGAUUCAGUUGCACAACAUUUAUUAUCAUUAAAUAAAAAAAAUUUAUUACCAACCAUACGAAUUGAAUCAGUUUGUAUGCUAAAUGGUGGUAUAUUUCCAUCACAUCAUCGUCCAGUUUUUUUUCAACAAUUAUUACGUUUACCAAUUGUUGGUAAUUUAGCAACAAGAUUUAUGAAUCGUUAUUUUCUUUAUAUUGCUAUUACUAAAGUAUUUGGACGAAAAAAUCCACCAACAAUUGCUGAAUUAUAUGAUAUGUGGAAAUUAAUACGUUUAAAUGAUGGUUAUUUAAUUCAACCAAAAUUAUUAUCAUAUAUUGAUGAACGUUUUGAAAAUGAAGAUGAUUGGGUUGAUGCUAUACGUGAUUCACGUCCCGUUCCAUUACAUUUUAUUUAUGGACCAGCUGAUCCAGUAAAUCCACCACCAUUCGAUGAAUUUUAUCGUAGUAUAAUUAAUCAACCAAGUAUCGAUAAAUUAUCGAAUGAUAUUGGACAUUAUCCACAAUUAGAAGCACCGGAUGAUGUUGUCCAAUCAUAUUUAAAAUUUUUAAACAAAAAUAAUUUUCUAUAAACUCUUUAAUUUGAUUAACUUUUUUUCUUUAAUUAUGUUAUCUAUAAGAUUUUUGUU